UUUGCCGCCGAUUACCGACACAGCACGUCCGUCUCGGACUGACCAUUAUUACUAUUAUUUUCACAGUUUCUCAUUAAUAAUAAUAAUAAUAAUAUAUAAUCGCGAUGUGGAUAACAGACAGGUUCUCAAUGUUUGCCUUUCCGACAGAUAACGCAGAGGACACGACUUCGACGUCAUAAGCCCUAACGUUUAACGUUCGCAGCCGCCGAGACGUUAUUUUUAUCGAUUUAUCUCGCCGAGGAAUUAAAUAAUAUCUCCGCGACAACAAUAAUCGUACGAGUCGACGUCGUAAUAUCGUUUUAACGUCGAAAGCCACUGCACAGCCACCACCUUCCGUCGAGUCUCGUGACCGGCGGCGGCGACGACGACGACGACGACGACGUCGGUUGAACUUGACCGGUGGCCGCCGACGGGAAAAGUGAACGUUUUUUUUUUUCGGCGAACGACUGUGGCGGCGACGACGGCGGUGGCGGUCGUAAAAUCGCACGGUUUUACGCAUUCGAUUGUUGUUGUGUCUGCCCUGCCGACUGUUAUUGGUGCCGAGAUCGCUUCUCCGCGCCGCAGUCGACCCACAGCCGUCCGCGUCCGCAGACCGCCUCACUGCGUCAGACGCGCACCCGCACGCGGCCAGAACGGACGUCGCCAGACCACCUGUUGUCGCCGUCGUAUACAGUACACAGUCGCGGUCCAGUCGUGAGGCAGAGCCGUCGUACACACGUCCUCCUGCCACAGAGGUUUGUCGGUCCACCGGUGGUCGGCCUAUGUUUUCUAAGAACAGUAGACACUACGAUCUCGUCGAACGGUCCAAAAUGAGUACCUAGUGAUAACAAAUAAAUAGAUUGUUUGAAUUACAUUUAAUUGGAAAAUUAAGUGUCUCAGCUCAUAAAGAUACUCUAGAAGAAGCUCUUCGUCUAAUAAGGACGUCCUUAAACUCCCCUCAAAUGGACGUCGAGGGGGCUCAUUAUGAUCAGAACAUCACUCACCUGAUUGUUGUGAUGGGUGCUUCGGGUGAUUUAGCAAAAAAGAAGAUCUACCCAACCCUUUGGAUGUUGUUCCGCGAUAAAUUAAUUCCAGAUAAGACAUUCAUCUAUGGAUAUUCCAGAUCGAAAUUAACUAUGGAACAAUUGAUAAGCAACGUUUCUCCAUAUUUAAAAUGCAACGAAAAUGAAAAAGAACGGCUUGCUGAGUUUUGGUCUUAUAAUUUUUACAUUGCUGGGUCAUAUGACAGUUCUGCUGACUACCGCUCUCUGAAUGUAAAACUUUCCAAGCAUGAGAUUGCUGGCAUUUCUAAUAGAUUGUUCUACUUGGCUAUACCUCCCUCAUUAUUUGAAGUGACCACCACUCAUAUUCAUGAAACAUGCAUGGACCAUAAAGGAUGGACUCGUGUUAUUAUCGAAAAGCCUUUUGGUCGGGAUGCUGCUAGUUCAUUGGAACUUAGUGACCAUUUGGCUAAGUUAUUUAGUGAAGAUCAAGUAUACCGUAUUGAUCAUUAUUUGGGCAAAGAGAUGGUUCAAAAUCUCAUGACACUUAGGUUUGGAAAUAGAAUAUUGAAUACUGGAUGGAACAGAGACAACAUUGCACAGGUGCAAAUCACUUUCAAAGAACCAUUUGGUACCGAAGGUCGUGGUGGAUAUUUUGACAGUUUUGGUAUUAUCCGUGACGUAAUGCAAAAUCAUUUACUACAGAUUCUCAGCUUGGUAGCCAUGGAGAAACCAGCUACCAUACAUCCUGAUGAUGUUCGAAAUGAAAAAGUCAAAGUACUUAAAUGUAUACCAAAAGUGGAAAUGUCUGAUGUGGUUUUGGGACAAUAUGUUGGUAAUACCGAAGCUACAGAAGAACACAAGAAAUUUGGGUACUCUGACGAUAAGACUGUACCAAGUGGAUCAAAAACAGCCACAUUUGCAUCAGCCGUGUUGAAAAUCAAUAAUGAACGAUGGGAUGGUGUACCUUUUAUACUGAAAUGUGGAAAAGCGUUGAACGAACGCAAAGCUGAAAUUCGAAUUCAAUAUCAUGAUGUCCCCGGUGACAUUUUUGGAGGAGUGUUGAAGAGAAACGAACUUGUCAUUCGCGUCCAACCUGAUGAAGCUGUAUACAUUAAGAUGAUGACUAAACGACCUGGUAUUGGAUUUGAAAUGGAAGAAACUGAAUUGGAUUUAACCUAUAAUAGUCGUUAUAAGAAUGUCAAGUUACCUGAUGCUUAUGAACGAUUAAUAUUAGAUGUCUUUUGUGGUUCUCAAAUGCACUUUGUGCGUGCUGAUGAGCUUUCUGAGGCUUGGAGAAUAUUCACUCCUCUUCUCCAUGAAAUUGAAUCAAAUCAACCUGAACCAACACCUUACGAAUACGGUACUCGUGGACCUGCUAAAGCUGAUGAUCUUUCUCUUGCAAACAACUUCAAGUAUUAUGGAUCUUACAAAUGGGUGAAACCUCAUUCUUAGUUCAUUUUAAAUAUUGUUUUUCAUUUGGAACAAUAUAAUUUAUAUUAUAUUUUUAAUUACCGAACAUAAUAUGUACUUAUGUAAUUGCCUAUAAAAAUAAUUUAUUUAAAGAUCUGCCAUAUAAAUUAUUUUAAAACAUUCCGGUUACUCACUUGAAAUAACCCUUUAUAAAUUAUCAUUUGAAUUUCCUUUUUUUCUUUUUUCUUUUUUUUUUUUUUUUACUUAUUUUAUAUUGGUUUUUCAUAUGUUAUAAAAUUGUUUUGUUUUUGUUUUGUUUAUCAAAAAAAAAAAAAAAUAAUAAUUUAUAAUUUAUUUUAAAUUCUGCUUGAUUAUUUUAAUCAACCAUAGUUUAGUAAACUUCAUUGUUUUUAUGUUAUAAUUUUAAAUUUUAGCAAUAACAUGACUUAAAUUAACAGAAAUGCUCAUGUUAAAUUACUUACCUCAGGAGUAUUGUUCAACAAUAUAUUGUUUAGAAAGUCAAAUAACAUCUACUCAAUAUUAUUUGUAUGUACAAAUACAAAUAUAAUAAACUACUGCAGGGUUCUUAGGAUUAAUAUAACAAUACAAAUGUAUUGUAUAUUUUUCAAUCCGCCUUUCUUAAAUAACACUUAUUGUUACAAUCGAAAUAAUGUUAUGUUUUCUAGGUUUAUUUCAAUCACAGGGUAAAUGUCCAUUAUUAAAGUAAUUUGAUUUUGACUAGAUAUAACAAUUUAAUUAUGAUAAAUAAAAUGUUUACAGUAGAAUAUUAUCUAUAUUUUAAAAUUUAAAUUAUAAAAUUGUCUUGAAUUUCUUAUAUAUGGCUGGUGUAUGUUAAUAAUUUAAAAUAAUAAAAAAAGCCAUUGAAAC